CGGCCUUUGCGGGUCUAUAUCUGCGUCCAUCUGCGUCCAUCUGCAUUCACCUGCGUCCAUCUGCAUCUGCGUCCAUCGCACCUCCCGCCUGUUCUCUUCGACGCUGCUGAUCGCUCGCACGGCCCACGUAGUUUCCACCAGCAGCAGCACCAACUCGAGGCUGAGCCAAAUCACCAGUCAACACCACCCUCAUCACCCAGCCCUUGUCAUUGUCGGGUCUCGGCCGCGUUCGUCAAUUAACCCUCCAAGAUGCGCCGGUCGCUUGCCUCGCUUGUACUGCUCUCGGGACUCUGCUCGCUCUCGAGACAAGAGUCGGGCUCAUACCUCAACCAGGGUGCCGUCUCGGCCGAUGUGUUUGCAAAACAUCCACACAAAGUCGUCUUUGAGCGCAAUCCCGUCAGCUCGCUGGAACUCGUCGAUCUGGACUGGUCCGAUGCAUCCUCGGUGAUUAUGCCAAUCGCCCAGCUCGAGACCAAGUUUCUGUGUCGGCUGCCCAAGAUCGACCUGGAUGCUCCCCAAGAUGACCUGGUCGAGGACGAAGAUGCCAUGAUAGAGUCGGGCUUGCAGCUGCUCUCGCCGCUGUCAGACAAAUGCAUUACAUCGCCUCGAGGAUGGUGGGUCUACGAAUUCUGCUUCAACUCCAAGGUCCGGCAGUUCCAUCCCGUCCCUGAAGCAGAGCAGGCCAAGAUCGUCAAUGACGAGAAUAAUAAUUUUCUGGGCAAGUUUGUGGCGUCCAAGCUUCAUCCGGCUCCAACAACAAACCUGGUCGAGGCCAUCGACCACGAGGGCAGAACCAUCCGGGCCCUCAGGCAGCGGUAUGGAGACGGAUCGAUCUGCAAGCUCACAGGCCAGCCCAGAACGAUCGACGUCGAGUUCCACUGCGCCAACUACGAAAGCCACAUCUCUACUAUCAGUGAGCCGUCGAGCUGCCACUACCACAUGGUCAUUGUCACCCACCAUCUCUGCAAGAACCCGUUCUUCCGGCCUCAGAUUAUGGCCCACUCCAAUCUAAUCGUCUGCCGUCCCAUUGACGAAGAUGUUCCCUCAGCGUCUGAACAGACCGAGUCAGUACCGCAGGCGCCGAUCGGUGGCUCUGAUGCUGCUGCUGCUGUUGUCGCUGAUGGUGCAGUCGCCGAUGGUGCUGCAUCGCCGGAUCUGUCGCCAGGCUUGCAGCCAAUCUCAUCGCCGCCAAAGGACAAGUUGCGCAUCUUCCGCCCGAGCAAAAAUGCACCUCCCAACGAUGGCGAUGGCGCGAGUUGGCUCACUACCCGCGAGCUGAUCCACCUGAUUGGCCGACGGUCAGCGUCGGUACCAGAUCCAUCAGACCAGCCACCCAAGAAAGCCAAACCGGAUGCACACUCGGAGGGCUCGCAGAAGCUGGUUGACCUGUUUGACUGGCUGACUGUGUCAAGUGCCGAUCCCCAGGUCCGUGAGCUGAGCCUGGAACUGAACCUGGACCAGCAUCCCGAGCAACAGUCCCUGUUGGAUGAUAUCAUCGGGGAAUACAUUGCCCGGCUUACUUCGGAUACAAAGGACGGCAAGGACGCUGGCGAUUCCCCAAACGCUCGCGAUGACGACUCUAGCCGAGAACAGCCUGCCGAGAGGGCAGCUGGCCACUUGGCUCAGCAAGCACCCGAGCAAGCACUCGAGCAAGCACCCGAGCAAGCACCCGAGCAAGCACUCGAGCAAGCACCCGAACAUCGGGGACAGGAGGAGCGAGCUGAAUCGCACGACCCGUCCACCCCCGACAACGCCCCGCAACAUCCAGCGGACCACCGCGAGCUGUAAGCAUUAUCCCUCGGACGGUUCUCUCGGUGGGGGCACCCAGCAUUCGCAAUACAGACGACCGACGUCUCUAUGUCCUCUCUGGAGCUUGAAUACGCCAAUGUUCAUUUCAAAUGUGUCCAAAUGCAUCAUUCGUCCCUCUGGGCCAACUGGCAGCUUGUGUGC